AUAUAUGAUUGGGUUUCCCGUUACAAUCACUCAGCCUCUCCUACUCAAAUCCGACUCUGGCCUCCACGUUGGCUAACUCCGGUAACCUGAGUAACUAAACUGGAGAUCGGGUAACCAACCCCGGUGGAAGGUUUGGUCAGGGCUAAUAUGAGCGGGUGAAUUACUGAAAUAACAACAAUAAAAAUUAAGAAACCACGAAAAUCUGUGGUUGAUCCUUUCGCGCAGUGAAAAUUGUAGUAUUUUAUUCAAUUUGGCUAGUACAUGACCUUUGUAGGGCCAUGUCAACCAAUAAGAAAUGCAGCAGUUAUAAAUAGUUAUCUAUAGAUAGAAAAUACUGCCACUUAACAUGAUAUUAAACAUCAAGCUUAAAUUGAGAUCUUGCAAAACAGGUAAUUAGUACUGUAUAUUUAUAGAUGGCGCUUGAUGCUCAAGAACUUGCUUAAUACAUGAAUCAGUAUGAUUAAUGAUUAAAAAAAUCCACCUAUCUUAUACCGAUCACAACAACAACUAACAAGCUUGAAAUCGCGAUCAACAAUCGCUAUCGAUAAGUGUUAUCGUUUAGACAAAUUAUUGUUAAGUGCAACUAGAAAAUAACUUUCGUGGCGCUAAUGUUUAUCUUCUUCAACGAAACUAAAACGUACCUAUUAAUUUUUCUUUUGCUAAGUAAUGUCUUUUCCGGAUCUUUUGUGUUGUCUCUUAUCUCAUAUCAAACUCUUUCGCUAAUGAAAUGAUUAUCGGUAAAUCGCACCUAUCUACUACAGCUGUGAAAGGAAAAGGGGAUGUUUCCCUCUGCCAUUGUCGCUAUACAUGUCGCGUGCAUUAAUAGAUACAGUCGUCCUCUACUUAAUUAAUUGAAUUUUGAAAACGCGAUGCGACCGACGCAAAAAAAAAACAGAAAAAGACCAGCUAAUGUUAAUAAGUGGUUUUCCAUGCCUUUACUGGGAAAGCCUGUUGCUAUCUGCAUCAUUCACAACGACUGUUCACGCCGCAACUACGCGAGCUUGCUUGCUCGUGAAAAGAAAAUGUGUUGGUGUCAGCUAUAACGAGCUCUUCCAUCGCAAACGUAACGAAAAUGUUCUCCUUUUUCACAUAAGUUUCGUCAAUUGCCGGCCUCACAACGACCAAUUUCAUGGCGGUGUCCAUCACCAUCACCAUUCCCAUUAUUACCAUAAAAACGGCAGCACUAGGUUCACAUUCAAUGACACCAAUCCACGAAUCCUGAAUCGUCGUAACGACCAUUCGGAUCGAUUCAGUUCCGAUUUUGUUCCGGAAAGAGACCACAAUGCGAUCGUGUUUCAAGACUCUUCCGAUUUCGUUUUUCCAAACUCAUCCGAAGACGAAUCCGAUUCAAUUAUCCGUCCGCCCAAAUGUCGCUCCGACGACACAUUUUGCGAGGAGGUCGACUAUUAUCCGACUCAACAAUUGACCCGGAUAUUGAGUAGGGCCUCCGUCGACAAAGGCUUCUUCGGGGAGGACGAGGCGCCCCCAGAAAUCGCAAAUCGUCUUGGAGAAACUGAAGACAUGUUCUUCUGCACAAGUUUGGAAAAGGUGAUUUCUCCGAAAGUAGCCAAAAACAAAAACGACAAAUGGAGAUACAUCGUUAACAUCGACACCGACAAAUAUGUGCAAAAGAUCCGAGUGGAAGUUUGUUCAAAUCCUAAUGGUCCCUGCAACUUGCUUAGCGACCCUCCAAGCGGUUACAUUGUAUUUUGCAAACAAAAAUUCAUGUUCCGUCGACUCCUUGCUGUAACUGAUACAGGAACUCCAGAACCUGACACGUUCCAAUUGCCGUCUGCGUGCUGUUGCGCUUACAAGAGAGAUCCGGACUUUUUAGUAAGUUUUGGCAGGAGUUCUAGGAGGACGUGAACGAUCUCUCGAGGCCAAUGCCUCGGUCUGAUGUUCCUUAUUACCUAAUAUAAUGAAUAAAUGAAAAAUGUGUGAACUGUCUGGCGGUUGUGAAUAUACCAGAGAAUUUCCAAGACUUCUGAUUCAAAGUAGUCUGAAUAAAUCUCUAACAUGAUGAAGAAAAAAGAAUUUAACCGAAAUUAGUAAUCCAAAAGCCACGGUAGGUAGAUAUCGGACAUGUUACAGUUCAUGAUUCAUCAAUUUUAAUUUUUAUUCGUACAAGAACAGCCACAAAUAUAAAUAACGUAAUUAUUAAUAAACGAUUUAAUGGGGAAUUUCCCGCACGGUAAUAUAUAAUUUAAUU